GAUUCGGGGCGCUGCCUCCCGCCCCGACCCCUGCCGGAGAGUCUCCACCAACUUCUGCUCGGCCGCUCCUCUCGGCCCCUUCCCUUGGCCCAGGGCGACCUAGGCAGCCCAGACGGCGUGGACGCUCCGGAGUGCCCAGAAAGUCCCCGGGGUGGCCCUGCGCGUCCCGGCUCUUUCUGGAUGGAGGUGCCUCCGGAAUGAGCCGGCUGCACGCCGUGGCCUUCACCUCGCAGCCUCUGCUGACCACACCUCCCUAGCGCAGAGGCUGCCCCGGGAGCAGGAAAUGCUCCACCAGCUGACUCCCGGGAAUCCGGGUCUGACCGCCAGGAUGGAGGUGGGGCCAGCCACCGAGACCUUCGUGCUGGAACUUCGAUGUCUUGAAGAUGGGGGCCCAGGGCCUGACACCCUCUCAGGUGGCAGUGGUGGGAGUGAGAGUCAGGAGGAGGAAGAGCCUCAGGAGGGGAGCAGCAGUCCACAGCAGCCAGCAGUCUUGGCUCCAGUGGGGGCCAGUGAAAUCGCUGAGGAAACCCAGCCAGGACAACAGGAGUUGCAACUGCAGCAGUUAGAACAGCAGCCCAAACCGCAGCAACAGCCACAGCAGGAGCAACUGCAACAGCCGCAACCACACCUAGAACUGCAACAACAGCUGCAGCAAGACGGGCAACAACAGCUAUCUCAACUACAGCAGGAAAAACACCAAUCCAUGCACCAUCAGGAACUGAAACCUGAACUGCAGCUAACGCACCAGCAGCAACAGGUGCAGCCACAGCAAGUGCAAGAGCAACAGCUGUUACAGCAGCAGCAGGAGCAGUUGCAACCACAGCAGGAGCCGUUACAGCCACAGCAGGAGCCAUCACAGCCGCAGCAAGCACAAGAGCAACAGCUGUUGCAGCAGCAGGAACAGCUACAGCAGCAAGUGCAAGAGCAACAGCUGUUACAGCAACAUCAGGAACAGUUACAACAGCAGCAGCUGCUACAACAGCAGGAACAAUUACAGCAGCAACAGUUUCAACAGCAGCAGGAACAGCUACAGCAGCAGCAGCAGCAGCAGCAGCUACUGUUGCUGCAGCAGCAGGAACAGUUACAGCAGCAACUGUUGCAGCAACAGCAGGCACAGUUACAACAGCAACUGCUGGAACAGCAGCAGGCACAGUUACAGCAGCAGCUACUGCUGCAGCAGCAGGAACAAUUAAAGCAGCAGCAGCAACAGCAGCUGUUGCAACAGCAGCAGGAACAAUUGCAACAGCAACAAUUGCAGCCUCCUCCCCUGGAGCCCGAGGAGGAGGAAGAGGUGGAGCUGGAGCUCAUGCCUGUGGACUUGGGGUCGGAGCAGGAGCUGGAGCAGCAGCGGCAGGAGUUGGAGCGGCAGCAGGAGCUGGAACGGCAGCAGGAGCAGCGGCAGCUGCAGCUCAAACUGCAGGAGCAGCUGCAGCAGCUGGAGCAACAGCUGGAGCAGCAGCAGCAGCUAGAGCAGCAGCAGCUGGAGCAGCAGGAGGUGCAGCUGGAGCUGACUCCGGUGGAGCUGGGCGCCCAGCAGCAGGAGGUGCAGCUGGAGCUGACCCCGGUGCAACCGGAGCUGCAGCUAGAACUGGUGCCAGCCGCAGGGGGUGGCGGAGCGACGCACACGGGUGAGAGGCCACACCGCUGCGGCGAGUGCGGCAAGGGCUUUUCGCAGCAUUCGAACCUGGUAACGCACCAGCGCAUCCACACGGGUGAGAAACCCUACGCCUGCUCGUACUGCGCCAAGCGCUUCAGUGAGAGCUCGGCGCUCGUGCAGCACCAGCGCACGCACACCGGGGAGCGACCCUACGCCUGCGGGGACUGCGGCAAGCGCUUCAGUGUCUCCUCCAACCUGCUGCGCCACCGGCGCACGCACUCGGGCGAGCGGCCCUACGUGUGCGAGGACUGCGGCGAGCGCUUCCGACACAAGGUGCAGAUCCGCCGCCACGAGCGCCAGCUGCACGGCGCGGGCCGCUCCAGGGGCCUCGGCCUGUUGCGCGCCUCGCGGCCCGCAGCCCUUGGUGGCCCAGCCCGUGCAGAGCAGGCCGCCACGGCCACUGCGCCCGCAGACAAGGCGCUGUGAGAGCCGCGAUCAGGGCUGCCUGGCCAGGAGGGGACCCCCUAUCCGCCUCCACCUGAAAAGCUCCUUGACCCGGGUUCAUGGGCGCUGGAGGCAUCCUGGAAUAUCCCUGGAAUAAAAAGCUUCCACCAUCAUCAUCAUCAUCUCCCAGAUUCCCUGAGAAAAUACCAGGUUCACAGAUUCACCGCCAGAAAAAAACCAUCCGCCAAAACAGAAGUGGACUGGGACUGAAACAGCACGCGGGACACGUUUGUCUGCCCUUGGAGGGGCCUGCCAAAAAUUUUCGCUCCGGGAAAACUGGACUUACUACGAACGAGGAAAAACUCCCAGUGGCGAGACGAUUAAUGACACUGGCCGAGGACUGGAUACCCACCAGGGGAUCAAAGACGUGGUGAGACACACAUGGAAAAGCUUCGAUCCUGGCGAAAAUGAUCCCAAGGAAAAAUUCGGGGAAGAAGCAAACUUGUUUGCACUAUAUAGAAACUGAGCAAGGCAUUGAAUCGUCCUCAGUGGCAUUUGCCUUGAAAAUACUUUCCAAGAUGGAAAUUCAUCAGGGUGGGUAUAAUUCUGAUGAAAACGCCUGUGUUCAUCAACACAGGGUCAGAGCGCUCACGGGAUCAAUGUGCAAAUCCAAGCCAGGAAGUCCUGCUCCGGGUGGAAGGUCAAACCUUCCCUCCAGGGAACCAGGGGCUCCGGCGGGCAUCGGAGGCAAGUUCUUGGCCUCUGCUGCCAGGUCCCCCAGUCCCCCCAGGCCGCAUUAAUGUCCUCUGGAAUAAGAGCCUGUGGCUGAAGCAGAGGGCCUUCUGCUAGAGUUUUCCAGGGUCUGGAAGGAGGGUCCUCCAGAAGGAGCUCUGGGGUAGCCCCACUGUGGCCCCCUGGACUCCACCAGCUUCAUGCUUCUCAGAUACUACCCAGGGGCCGGCACUGGGAGUCCGGGGCAGAUUUCUCCUGCACCAGGCUAUGGGGGUUUGGAGGGCUGCCUGAGCAGACCCUGCGCCAUGGCUGGGGCUGGGGGAAGAAUGUCUGAGACAAGGUUUGGGAGCAAUGCUCUUUACUACGUUUACCAAAUCGUCUGGGGCAGGGGCUGUGAGCUGCAGCAGUUGCUGGUGCCUUGUGGGAAGGUGGGGCAGGGAGGACGCUGCCCGUCACCUCUGUCCCCAGUCACUUCCUGCUUGACCUGACUCUUCACAUGUGGCUGCUUAAUUCCUGCCCCUCUCUUCCCCAGCUGCUUCUCCUUUACUAACACACCUGCUACAUUUUACACAUGUGUUGGUAAGUGAGAAACAGAAACGAAAAAUAAAUUAAAAUGCAGAAAUACAA